AUGUUUGAUAAGGGACUGGGACCAUUCGUUGAAGAUCUCUUUGAAGUGGUUGCAUGCUAUUUUCCGGUAGAAUUCAAGCAGACAGCCAGCUCGCCCAUCACCAAAGAUCUCCUGGCCGAAGGAUGCCUAAAAUGCCUGAUAGCCCAUCCAGAUUUUGCCCCAUAUUGUUAUUUGCUCAUUGAGGAGAAGUUUACCGAUGAUGAAACUACCCCGGAACAGAAGGAGGACACUUGUGUUUUGCUGGCUGAAGCGGCAAGGGUAUUUCCACCAGAAGAGCUGGUCGAUCAUCUGGAAGUUCUGCUCGGAGGGCUACGUGUGGUUGGAUUGAAUCCUAAAGGUACCCUUCCGGAAUGUGUCACGCGAGCUCUUACCGAAAUUACAAAGGCUAUGGAAAAAGCUGAUGCUGAAGCUGUGAAGAAGCUUGGCUCGCAGCUCAUUGAAAAUUUGGAGCCGUUUGUUCUCCAAGCCGAAAUGGGCUUAACUGAACGAGCUUUGUCACUUUUACGUUGUGCUGCUGACGCUGGCCCAUCUAUACGUAGUCAAAUCUAUGAUCAAGUUAUUCCAUGGAUUCUUAUGCUAGCACAAGGCGAUGUAGUAAAUGUAAAGGCCAAUCGCUUGGAAAUCUUGCAGGAGGGUUUGAAGGCAUUGAUGGAUUGGACCAAGUGCAUUCAUGAAAAUGGUUGUGGUAAGCAUCUACAGUAUUUCUUCAUAUCGGGAUGCAUGUAUGCACAAAUCGUGUGAAA